GACAGAUAAAUAUUUGUGGCUGCUAUUUGGCAAACAGUCCGAGCGAAUACAGGACACGCGCUGAGUUUGGUUUGCCCGCUCCUGGAGUCAUAUUUGUUUUUGAGGAAUUAAGCGGGAGGAUUAUAUCGCGGGUGGAGGCUGUGUAUUUUGGGAUCAUAUUUGCUGGAUAGGACUGGUGUAGGGCGAGGAGCCCUGUAGAUGUGUGUCAUGAAGCUUCUCACCGCCUGAGUGACCUCAUAAAAGGAGCACUUUCUCAUUCAAAAUGAUGAUGCAUAAGCAGUCGGCCCGUACCUCGCCGGGUAGUGUUUGUUCUCUGCGUGGAGGAGCUGUUCCUGGAUCCCCGGCGGUCACUAUAGUGGCCAAAAUGGACAAUCAAGUGAUUGGAUAUAAGGAUCUAGCAGCUAUACCUAAAGACAAGGCCAUCCUGGAUAUAGAGAGGCCUGACCUGAUGAUGUACGAGCCCCACUUCAGCUAUUCACCCAUGGAGAGGUCAUUAUCUCCUCGUUCAAUCUCCCCUCCUCCAUCUCCAGAGAGCAGUCUAUCAAAGGAUGUCUAUCAGAGGGAUUGGUCAGAGCCCAAGUCAUCAGGCAGCUCGUCUCCAGCGUCCACACAGCUGAGUAAAAGCAUCACCGUCAGCACUAAAGUCCCACACCAGCAACAGCACUUCCACAGGCCAGACAAUGGAACCAACAUAUACAAGAAGCCACCAAUAUAUAAACAAGAUGUCUCAGCAGCUGUUCCACACAGUAAACACAUUGAGGAUUUAAUCAUCGAGUCUUCAAAGUUUCCCGCCGCACAGCCUCCAGACCCCAACAAGCCCUCUAAGAUAGAGACGGACUACUGGCCCUGCCCUCCCUCUCUAGCUGUUAUCGAGAAAGAGCGGAGGAAGAGUGUGGUGUCCAGGGUGGCUGAGGGAGAGGAGGGUGAGGAGGAUGAUAAGUAUGAUGACAGUGAAGACAUGUGGAGACUUCGGCAAAUGCAGAAACAAGAGCUCAACAAGAUUCAAUCCAAUCUAGGAAAAUUGAUACUGAAGGAGGAGAUCGAAAGCUCAGCCCCCGUGCGAAGGAAAACGCGGUCUCUGCCCGACAGGACACACAUGCAACUGGCCUCCAAAUCGCCCUCAUUUCCUUCCUACAGUAAGACUGGCCUGACUAGGUCUGCUGUUUGUGUGUUACAGCUCCAGUCUGCAGAGUUCUCCUCUUCAAACAGUGAUAAAGGGACUCAAAAUUUCCAGAAUGGAGAAGCCCAAAGCAGAAGAAUAGACCGAGGGAAUUCACUCCCUAGUAUGCUGGAACAAAAGAUUUACCCGUAUGAGAUGCUCAUUGUGACACACAGAGGCAGAAACAAACUCCCUCCUGGUGUAGACAGGACAAGACUGGAGAGGCACCUGUCACCUGAGGAAUUCCAGAACGUCUUUGGAAUGUCCAGUGAGGAAUUCGACCGGCUCUCCUUUUGGAAGCGGAACGACCUGAAAAAGAAAGCCUCUCUCUUCUAGUAGUCAGAGAAACACGCUCUUAUACAAACACUGUCACGCGUCUGCACUUCCGCUUGUGAAAACAGUACAGGCGAUACAAGUUAAGGAAAGAUGAGGAAUGUGAAAUGAGGAAUGUGAUUAUGGAGCCAGCAAAAAAAAAAAAAAAAAAUCAGUUAUCCUUAUCGUUUGAUAAGCCCCAUAUCUGAUUGCAGCUAACAAUCAUACCCGAGUCUCUCUUUUUCUAGUUGCAGCUACUAUGUCAGGACUCUUCUGUGUGUGCUCAGUAAAGCUAUAAUGAUAUACACAGAUACGAAUCACACCAGUUAUUUGAGCAGACCAAAUCCCUGCAGAACAUUUGAGAUGGACCAGCAGGAAUCUGUGCGUUUAAGUCACUGCCACACUUUUCAGCCUUCAUGUGCUAAGCAUGAAUUAACAAACCUUCAGAAUACGGGUCAGUGACUUUUUUUGACUGUCUCAUUCGUCAUUGACCCAUAUCUGUAAAAGCAGCUCAGUAUUUGAAUCAAGCAAAUCAAAUAAUGCUGAAAGUUUGGAAUUAAGUACAAUUUAUACUAGAGUCUCAAGACGCACAUGUUGCACACCAUUGUUCCUUACACCUUAACACCAAUAUCACCACUCAGAUACCAGCGGUACAAUAUAGAGCAACAUUGAUGACUCUGAGGGAGAGUGUGUUGUCCCAAAGAGAGCUACUGUACAUUAGUGAGAGUUUACUGAAUAUUGGAUAUGAGACGUAUGAAUCCUGCAUGGCAAAUGUAUCCUGCUUUUCUUCAGUGAUGAUUGUGAGUGUGAUCAGCACUUCUCCUAAUACUCCUCCUCCGCAGGAUGUUUCACUCGCUCCCUCUAUCCUGUCGUCUUUUUCUCUCCCUCCUCCCCGUUUUGCUGCUAUUGCCUUUACUGUUUUGGUUCUAUCUAUCCUCUUUUGUUCUUGACGGGUGGAAAUGUUUUUUAUGGUGUUCCUGUUUUAUAGGAUAAGGGUAGGUUAAGAUAUAAAGGGAUUUCAGAGAGCAUCUGAAGGUUGCUGUAAGUCUGAAGGAUUGAUAUUGCAGUUAAACAGCGUUAAACAGCUUUUCAGUGCAUGAAUGUGAAUUCAUAUUGCAUUGGUCAAGACCCACAGGAUGUUGAAUGGGAAUUAGAGGAAGAUGAAUUUACUGAACUGUAAUUCAAAGAAUAGACACAUUCGCACAGCAGUGAUAUAACUGUAAAACUGUUUUAUUUCAUUCAAUUCUAUGUUUUAAAAUUAAAAAAAAAUUGAAUUUGAAAUGCAUUCUUAAUUCUGUUCCGAAUGGCACACAACCCAGCAGUUCAUAUAUGCUUCUUGCCCAAGUCGAAAUUAAAUAUAAAUUUCUAUGCUUUUAUUGCUCCAGUGACCAAAUGAAGUGCUUGGAUAGUGUGCAUGCUUAGAGUUUGUACCUAAUAAAACAACAUUUUAUAAGAACAAAACAAUCACUAAAAAGCAGCACGUAUAUCAACUUGAGAAUGUACAGUAGAAGUACAGAUAUAUACAUUCCACAUUCAUUUUUGUAGAAACACUGCUCAAAAGGAAAUAUGUGGCUAUAUGCAUAUUAACAAACCCAUAGUAUUAUUUGUUGAUUUAAUGGCUGUUCUUUCAGAAGAACAUUUUUUAUGUGAACACAAUCAGACACCUGAUUUAUACUUCUGCCGUUUGAAAUCUUUUCUUGUGUGACUGAAGUGGCACAAGCUCAUCACAAUGAUCACAUGAUCAUCAAAAUACACAAGAUUCAUCAAAUUAUGCUACUUAUCGAUCGUCUUUUUUUUUAGGUGGCAGCUUAAAGUGUUUUUCUGGUCUGAAAAUAUGUGUGGCUUCAGAAGUCAGGCCUUCUUUAUGAAAUCCAUUUCGCUAGGAAUAUUUUGCAGUGAGGCACUCAUUGCUUCGUCUUAAAGCACUUGAUUUCACUCUUACACAGCUUAGAGAAUGAAUGUUUUCACAAUAAGAAAAUAUGCUCUUUUAACCCACAUGUACAUGCAUCUGACAAUGUUCAUGUGAAAAAUGUCCCGAAUAUGAGCAUAUAUACUCAUUUUUCUCUGCUUCAUAAAUAGUGCUUUUCUUCUUUUCAUUUUCUUUUAUGUGAAAGUGUGAUGAAUGGGGGAAAAAAAUAAAAUGGAUUUAUUAAAGUGAGUGUAUUGUUAUGAUUUUAUUAUUAAUAGCAGUUGUGUUGUUGUUUCGAUAUGUUUCGAUUUGUUAGUGGUUUUCUAAUUUAACAGAUUUUAAAGAUUUGAAUUAAUAUUUCACUUCAAUAAAAUGUAUGAUUUUAACAGCA